AUGGGUGUAUUGAUCAAUUCUCAAGUUCCGGGCCAGCAUACGCAGGUCACCUUGCUGAGUUAUAGCCUAGUGGUACUCGUCUUAUUCUCAAUCCUAAGACAAGUCCUUCUUUUUUGGACUUCCAAAAUUCGGCAUAUCCCGGGACCAUUCUGGGCCACCAUCUCGUCUUUUUGGCUCGUGUCCCAAUGCCGUAAAACCCGUCGUUCAGAAGCGGUCAUGGAGCAGCAUGACAGGUACGGCAAAUUUGUCAGGAUUGCUCCUAAUCAUGUUUCUAUCAAUGACCCCGCUGCUGUUACUCAGAUAUAUGGUCACAAGACCGGCUUUAUGAAGAGCGAGUUCUAUGACGCCUUCGUACAAGUCAGGCCAGUUCUUUUCAAUGUUCGAGAUGGAGCAAUGCACACCAAAAAGAAGAAAUACAUGAAGUCAGCUUUUUCCGCAAGAGCGCUGACUGAUUUUGAGCCUUAUAUGAACAUUGAACUGCUGGCCUGGAAGCGUCAGCUACUGAGGCUCCAUGAGGAGGCAGGGGGACAUGUUGAUUUUGUUUUGUGGACAAAUUAUCUUGCCUUUGAUGUCAUCGGAAGUUUUUCUUUUGGCAGGCCGUUCGGCUUCAUCGAGAAGGGGAACGACCCGUAUAAUCUAAUCCAUACUAUCGAUAUGCGCGGAGAAACCCUCAACGCCCUUGGUUCUCUGACGCCUUGGCUGAGGCCAUUGAUGAAAUACUAUUUCCUGGAUCCAUUCUGGCCUUCGGGUUUAAGGGCUACUGCUAACUUGGAGAAAAUUGGUCGUGAAGCAUUCCUCCGACGGAAGCAAAGUGCGGAGGAUCGUUGCGAUCUUCUCAGCUAUUUGUUCGCAGCAGCAGAUGAAAAGAACGAGGAUCCAAUUGACGAGAAUGAGAUCAUUGCGGAGUCGAUCAGUUUCAUCGUUGGAGGUAGCGAUACCACGAGCAGCACCAUGAGCAACUUUAUUGACAUGGUUUCUCGUAAUCCCGCAAUACAGUCGCAACUUCAGCAGGAACUUGAUGAAACAUUUCCAGGUCAACAAGCUGAUGACUGGGUUCCCGAGGAGCGUGAGGUUUCCAAACUUCGAUAUCUGAUUGCUGUUCUGCGAGAGGUAAUGCGACUCCGACCAACGAGUGCCACUGGUCUAGAGCGAGUGACUCCCUCAGGGGGGAAAAGCGUGGCGGGAAAGUUUAUACCGGAAAAUACAAUCGUCAGCGUGCCAACUUGCGGCGUGAUGAUGAAUCCACGGAUAUUCGAUCAUCCCACGGAAUUCAUGCCUGACAGGUGGCUUGGAAAGGACUCUAGCAAUCUUGUCGACAAUUUCUUUCCUUUCUCUACCGGCCCUCGAGCCUGCAUCGGAAGAAAUUUCGCAUGGAUGGAGAUUUUGAAAGUCAUGGCAUUAUUAUUCAAGCUCUUUGAUGUUGAAAGACUGAACGAUAAGCCAACUGUGAUAAGGGAAGGGUUCUUCAACAAAGCUGCUGAGUGCGAAGUGAAAAUACGAAGACGUCAGUGA